AUGGCCGAGACUGCAUCUCCAGUAGUCAUGGUUGCAACUCCGGCUCACCGACCCCUACACCCUUUCUUCACACCAAACCGAAUGACCCCGCAUGCCCUUGAAAGUGAGGCUGCCGAAUCCUCCCCUAUAUCGACUCCGAUCACCGCGAAGGACAGCAGUAAAACAGAAGAUGAUACGGCGGUGAAUCAAGCCCUCGAAAGUGGCGGCAAAAAGAGACGCAAUGUGAACAGCAGUGACGCACUGGAAGCCGAGGAGCCGCAAAAACAAAAGGCAAACAAACGGGCGAGGGUCUCUGGGGCUAGUAUCAUUGCCAGUCUCUUCACCAAAGUCAAGCAAAGCGAACCAUGUCCAACAGAUACGCCAGAGCUUGUGGGUGAGCAUGAGGGUUCGUCUGCAACGCAACCAAGCAGUAACGACACCUCCAGCACUGCCGCUUCAACGGAACCCUCAGCGCCAGGACCAACUGCACCGAAGCCCAAAAAACUCUUGCUUUUUGAUCCCAAGACUGGAACAAUCGGCCCUCCCCCAGUACCCAAGGCGACACCAACUGUGCAGGGAACUGUUGCGGCGGGUGAAAAACAGGCCCCCAAGAAACGUGGCAGGAAGCCAAAGGCAAUGGUAGUGUGCAUCAAAUAUGGAACAGACAUGGAAACUCGGACUCGAAUCGGCACGUGCAUCAAUUCUAUACUGUCAGCCACACCUGCACAGCCGGCAGUUGAAUCUGAACCCCCGCAGGCAUCUGGCACGGAGAAGACAUACCCCACGGCUCCAAAGACAGCAGCUCCAACAUCAUCCAAAUCGACACAUCCAUUCUUUUUCGGCAAGGCCAAAAAGCAGGAGGCGGUACCCGAAGAUGUCAAGCCCAGUGAACCGACCUCGCCCCGGCCUACCAAGACCAAGUCAAAAAUAUUCGGCUCAACGCCUUUCUCCCCUAAGAAGCCACGGACCGCGCAGGUGCACAAAGCCCCUCUACCUCAGUUCGGCGUCAAGAACCUGGGCCUCAAAUUCCCGGGGGCCAAGCAGCCAGCAUGGCCGUGGCAGGGAAUGGUGCAUAUUCGAGGCGACGAGGACGAGCCAGAGGCGAUCGGAAGACCAGAGACCCAGGUGGCAGAGGACAAUUUGUGUUUAUUGGCAGCUCGGAAGUCAAAGGGCCUUUCUGUCAAGGUGCCCCUUGCUGAGUCAGUGUUGGCCCUCACAGCCAUGACCUUGAACAUAGAAUCCCUUGUCAAAGACAUUCGCAAUAUCAAUACGGAUGUAGUCGUCCCUCCUCCUCCGGAGCUGCGGCUUCCUCAGAAACAUUUUGAGAGUGGAAGGAAGCUUCAGGCACGUAUCCUUCCGGAGCUCAAAACUUUCCAGACAUCUGCACCAAGCAAGAAGGGGACUCAGCGUACACUCUUUACUGAAGACACGGGCGGAAAAGCUCAGCCACCAGCUCAGCUCUCCCUUCUUUUUGCGUCAAUCUCUUCCUCUCUUUCUGCAUUCGACCAGUCCCAGUGUGAGACGGCCAAUUGGGUCCAAAAGUACGCCCCCACAUGCGCUGCCGAGGUUCUCCAGCCUGGCCAAGAGGCUUUUCUCCUGAAGGAAUGGCUGCAAGCACUGGUGGUUCAGUCGGUUGACACAGGGUCAAAAGAUGACAAAGUCAGUCCACGGUCCAAGGCGAAGCAUGGGAAGAAGAAGCGACGCAGAAGGCUCGACGGGUUCAUCGUCUCUAGUGACAACGAGGACUAUGGGCUGGAUGACUUCUCUGGCGACGAAGCAGACUGGACCGCCAGUGGCGCCAGGGGCAUCUUGAGAAAGACGGUCAUCCGGUCUCUGAGUUUGGGCAAGGGCGAAAAGAUGGCCAAUACACUUAUCAUCAGCGGUCCCCCGGGCUGUGGCAAAACAACCAUGGUUCAUGCAGUUGCAAAUGAGCUGAACUUUGAAAUCUUUGAGAUCAAUUCCAGCACGAGACGAGCUGGAAAGGACGUGCUCGCCAAGAUUGGUGACAUGACCAGAAAUCAUCAUGUCCGGCAGCAUGAGUCGAGUACCCCGGGAGACAACAAUGACGCCAAGGGUGAGGACGAAACUGCAGCCGAUAUAAAGUCGGGCAAGCAGUCUACCAUGGCUUCAUUCUUCAAACCAAAUCCGGUGGUGGCUGCAAAACCAAAAUCAUCGACAGUCGCGUCAGGCGAGACAGCAGCACCAACAGAUGUCAAGAAGGGUUCUUCUAGAAGCCAAAGGCAGUCCUUGAUUCUGCUGGAGGAGGUUGAUGUUCUUUAUGAUGAGGACAAGCAGUUUUGGUCAACAGUGGUUGAUCUUAUCACACAAUCCCGACGCCCCUUCAUCAUUACGUGCAAUGAUGAGACUCUGGUUCCUUUACACACCUUGAGGAUGCAUGGCAUCUUCCGGCUCAGCCCACCCCCAAGAGAUCUUGCCAUUGACCGUCUCAUUCUUAUUGCAGCAAAUGAGGGUCAUGCGCUUGCCCGCCAGGCUGUCGAGACACUCUACGACUCACGAGAUUGCGACAUCCGUGCGGCCACAAUGGACCUCCAAUACUGGUGUCAGAUGGGAGUUGGUGACCGCAGAGGAGGGUUUGACUGGUUUUAUCCUCGCUGGCCAAAAGGGGUGGACCUUGACGAGAACCAGGAGGUAGUUCGGGUCGUCAGUGAGGGCACCUACCAGCCAGGCAUGAACCUGUUGGCGAGGGACAACAUUGUCAGUGACAAGACAACACCCCUGCAGGCAGAGGAGGAACUUGUUGAGCAAGCUUGGGAGAGCUGGGGCGUUGAUCUCGGGAACUGGGAGGACACGCUUCGUCUUGGUACCUGGGCGGAAAAGAUCAAUCCCGUCAGCGCAACCCCCGCUGGGCGGCUUGGUGCUCUUGAGGCCUUUGGUGAGAUGACAGAGGCCUUGAGCGUGGCUGACAUCUGCUCACUGGGGUCAUUCGCCACGCACAAAGAGGAGACAAUGGAUGCCACACUGCCCGGGCUCUCCGAAAAGGCCCAGGGCGACUUUGUCCAGGGGCUUUCUCAUCUUGAUUCGCCCUGUACCACUCACUAUGACUCCCUCGUAACUUCCUUGCCAUUGACGAUCAAGUCUCUUGGCAAGGCCUCUCUCAAAAAAAGGAUAGAGGCGCUACAGGAUCAGUCGGCCGACGAGUUUUGCCCUCUAACCGAAUCACAAGCGGUUCAGUGUCUUCAAACGAGCUUCACGUCUCCCACACCAGGAUCGAUGGCUAUCACGCGCAUGGACUUUGCGUUUGCCUUUGACAAUAUCGCAACCCCAGAGUCGUCCUCCGCCAUCCCGGCAUCCUAUCUCGACCCAUCUGUGUUUGACAGAACGCUGAAACUCAUCGUCCUCGACGUGGCCCCAUAUGUCCGUGGCAUUGUGGCCUAUGAGCAAUCCCUCCAGAAGCAGAGACUGAAGAUGAGCAGUCUUCUUAGCGAAGGCGGGAAAGGAACUCAAGGCACGAAGCGGAUGCGGACGACAAGAGCUGCUUUGUCUGCAAUGGAGGGUGGAUCGAGGAGCAACAAACGGGGUGAGAGGUGGUUUAAAGCCGAGUUGAACCCUUAUUUGGUAGCCAGGACAGGCGGGAAGGGGUGGAACCCCGGGCUGGAUCUUGACGAGCUUCCAAUUCCGCCAAGUCCGCUGAAGAGGAGUCCGAUGAAGAGCUCUGCCGGGGAAGGGACGUCUCCCGAAGCAUCUCCAGUCAAGCCGAAGAAGGCCGUGGGGAAACGGGGUAGAAAGCCCAAAGUCCAGAAAAUUGUUGUAGAUGAGGAGGACACGGCAGGUGAAGUAUGA